CCGCUUUGUCCAAGGCUUCUUUAUCCAAGGCCUCUUUAUCCAGUCGCGGUUAGCUUUCUAAAGAGGCGCAGAUUCCUUUCCCUCCCAGAAAACUCCUGCUGUUAUAUCGACAUAGACAACUGUACUCGUAUAUACUUGCCCGCUCAGGUUUCAUUGAUAUCUCCAGUUCAUCUGUAAAACACGUCUCAGGACAAUACUUUACACGAUUGAAUAACAACGUGUUUGAAGCUAAUAACCUGAAACGUUGGACGACAGUCACAGUGUCAGAACGCAUCGGUGUCAGGACGAGCAAAAAUUGCAGGAGCAGAGCUGAAAAACCUCGGGGCACUGGCAAGAACGACUGCCACCUUUAACAUCAAGCAAAGUAACAGCUUCCUCAUCUGCACACUCUACCUUCUGCCUGAAACUUCAGAAGUUCAGGAGGUUUCCCUUUGUUCAAACAUCCUCCAUAGCCUCCAGUGCACUUCCAACACCACACCAAUCAUCCCCGCCUCACCUUCACACAAAUAUCUACCUGCUCUUCUUUCGGUGAAGUGAAGCUCCGUCCAGGGUUUCGGUCUUCGUGUCUUUCGUUACUGUGUGUCACAUCCAACUACAACUGGCCACCCAGCGCUAUCCGGCUAGGAAUCGGCCGCCAACCAAACGCUAGGGUCCCCUGCGCACAUAAAACAAAGGCAACUUGAAGCGCCUCAAACUAUAACAGGUUCUGUGCAGCAAAAUCGUCUUACGGAGUUUGGUGGACGAAGCUCUCAACUUGCGAUAGUCAUCCACUCGCUAUCAGGCUGUCAAUUUCUACCCAUCGAGAAGAGGUUAACUUGUGGAGAUUCCCAGAAGCGCAAAGACCAAAAAUCUCGGUGAUCAAGGCGCAUAAAAGGCCAGAAAUUCUACCACAUCCACGAGGCCCUCCCGAGUAGGCAAUUAAAGAUCUAAUGGCCCAGGCACAACAGUUUGCGGGACCAACUCCGGUGCAUGUUCUGCCCGAUGGGAACUAUGCACCCCCAGUCUUCAUGCCCGGCAACCCAAGUCAGCAGUCCAUGCUCGAAGCCGUCGACAAGCUCAAGUUCUUCCUCGCCACCGCUCCGACCUCAUUCGACACGUCCCCCUACGACCCCCAAGAUCCGGUGGCCAGAGAAGAAAGAUGCCUCAACAGAUUCCAACUUCCCACUGGUGAACUAAUUUCGUGUGUGUACUGGAAUGGUUUGUACCACGUCUCUGGCACCGAUAUAGUCCGUGCACUACACUUCAGGUUUGCAGCCUUUGGCAGACCGGUACGAAAUGCUAAGAAAUUUGAAGAAGGAAUAUUCAGUGAUCUGCGAAACCUGAAAAGUGGCUCGGACGCCACUCUCGAAGAGCCCAAAUCCGAUUUUUUGGAGCUACUUUUCAAGUACAACUGCAUCAGAACGCAGAAAAAACAAAAAGUAUUCUACUGGUUCAGCGUCCCUCACGACCGCCUAUUUCUCGAUGCCCUUGACCGAGACCUCAAGCGGGAGAAAUUAGGCGUCGAGCCAACUACGGAGGCUGUAGCCGAACCAGCUCUGAGCUUUGUCUAUAAUCCUAAUAAGAGUCUCUUUGAGCAAUUCACCGAGCAAAAAGCUCUCGAGGACGGAGAUGCUGCUGCGCCCGCCGAGUCCGACAACAAAGCAGAAGAAGAGGGUGCUCAGCAUCCACCUCCAGUAGUUGUGACCGAAGCGACCGGUACAGGUGAGCCCGGGGAGGGUCUCUAUCGCUCCAAACGACGACCUUCCCAAAUCUCCACCACUGUAGGAGUCAGCGCCACGAACGAACACGGCACGGCUGUUCAAGAAGCCGACGGCUCGCAAGUCCUACUCGUGCCCUCUUCUAACAACAUGGCCUACCGAUCAGCCAGUGGACUCAGUAGCAUAGCCUCCGCGGACGAAUAUCAUCGCACUUCGUCUCCUCCUAGUCCUGCGACCUCUUCAGCCAAGCUCGUCCAAACUUUCGCAGAGUCACACGCCAACUCCAUCCUUGGUAACUUUCAUCUUUUCGAAGGCUCUCCUACAUACAAGCAAAGGCGAAAACCCGGACAGAAACGCCCCCUCAAGAAGCAUGAAAGUUCCCCUGGCGUUGGCUCUCAUUCUGCUUCUCCAAUGGCUGGAGGCGAGUUUGACGACCACUAUCACUCACGACCCUCUUCCUCCUCCGGAUUGGGUCCCUCAUCUCUCUCGAAUCACGCCCUGAGCAGCCAUCCGUACAACACCCGUGACCGGCAUAUGCGCCCCUCACCAAUGUCGCCGCACGCACCGCUAUCUGCAGUAUCUAAUCAUGAUGAAUUCUCACUACUGAACCCUCUUGACGGCUCCAUGCUAGACCACAACAAUACUUCACAACAGGAUCAGGGCGCCUACGGUGCCUCCAGAGUAUACGUCUGCCCCUUGUUUUCUUGUGGUCGCCUAUUCAAACGAUUAGAGCAUCUAAAACGCCACACACGGAUCCACACGAGUGAGAAGCCGUACCCAUGUACACGCUGCGGCAAGCGUUUCGCAAGGAGCGACAACUUGGCGGCACACCUCAAGAUACACGAAAAACUUGCUGCGAGAGCUGGAUCCACUAGCUCAUCAGAUCAACGCGCGUUGGAGGCGGAAGAAGAACUCGAUGAAAGAAUGUCUAGUUUUCUUGAAAGCAUGGAAAAUGUCGAAGACUCGGAGCAUCCCGGCUCCAUUUCUCCUCCCAAUGGCCAUCUUCACACCCCCAAUUUGGUUGGGCCCUCCAAUCACACCCAGCCAGGUUACUACACAUUCCAACAGGGCUUACCCACCCCACCUAACGGAUACCCGGACCAAGCUAGUUGCUGGCCACAAUAUCAUGGCUACCCGUCUGGUAGUGCUGUACUCACCCCAGACCAGUCUCCUGACCCGCCCAACGUCUAUGGAAUGUCGCAACAUGGGGCUCGACCUCACUCGAUGGAGAGUAACUUUAGUUUCGCCCCCGACAAUCGACGAUUCCGAUCCGCAACCCCAGGCGACAUUCGCGGCAUGGAUAAUUACACCAGGCAUUCCAGCGCGGGUCCCCGUAUCGUUAGAGACGGACCAGGAGGACCUCAUUACAACCCCUCGCCGGCCUCUCCCACAUUGCACCAGUUCCAAGCGCAGCUUAACAUGGUCAACUCACUCAAUGCCGAAAUUGAGUCAGAUGGGCUCAUGCGACAGUCUUACGCGCAUGGUGCUCCCGGAGACGGCCAUCAGCAGGGCUUUGUGACCCACGAGUCACUUGGCCCAAGAGAGAUCAUAUCGGGAGGAACGCAUGCAAUGUUCACUCAGCAGCCCGCCGGGUCUUCCACCAGCUACUCACCGAGCACUACCGUUCAUCCUGAUAUGGUCAACUCAAAUCAAUCAAUGCCCCCACCUAGCCAGCCCGCAUCGAGCUACCAGCAUUCUGUACAACCUCCAUCGCAACCGACAAGUCAAGAAUCGACUUUCCGCAAACCAUCUGAACAGUUGGUUUUCGAUGGGAUGUGAGCAGUGACAACCUAUUAUGUCAGACCCUCACCUGCUCCAACGUGCCCAGAAUGCCAAAGCACGCAAUGAGCCCAUCCAAAUCUACAUUCGAAGAUUUUAAUAUGUUCAUAAAAAAUAUACAUAUGCCCCUUUGGGUAAGAAUAAAACUAGGACAACAGUGUGGAAACCCUUGUGCAUAAGAUUCCGAGUAAAUCUCGGACGUUUCCUCCCUUUUGAUUUGAUUUAUGUAGCUUUUUUUCGUCCACUCUAAGAUUUCCUACACGCAUUGUCCACAAUUCUCAUUGCUUGAGAAGUUCAUUAUCAUCUUUUUUUUUAUAUAAAUUUCCUUACUUGAAUAUGUCUUCUUGUUUCUUUCGGUGUCCUAUACUUUACUUGACUUCCUGUCUAUCUUUUAAACACAUGGUCUCACUUCAGAUUAGCACAUUGUUAUCUUCUCUUGGUAAAUACACUUGAUUUUACUCGCUUUCAUUUGUUUCUGUAAGAAAAAUCUGCAAAUUCUAAACUUCUCCAGAGAGACGUUACUCCGUCACAGGAAGU